UCGUUUUGACCGCAGGUAGGCAGGCAGGGGCGAAGGGAAAGGGUUCGCGCAGACGCGUGUAUAUAAGCAGUAUGUUGGCGCGCGAGGGGGUGGGCUGGUGGUGCGUUGGGUUGCGUUGCGUCGAGUGUUGCUCCUGCCUCUUUCUAUUGCUCUUUCCUCCGCACCAGACACGUACGUACAGUACAUACACGCCUGUCGUUCGCGUUCGUUUUCUGCUGGCUGCGUGCAGGUGUUCUUGUCUUGUCUUGUCUUGUCUGGCCUUGUUCCGCAGUACCACACCAUGAACAGCAGCAGCACCUGGAGCCACAGCGCGCGGAACCGGUACCGCAACCGGCGCACCACGGCCACCAUGCCGCGCAUCUCGCCCUCGUCGUCUUCGUACAGCAUCUCCAGCGACGACAGCAGCAGCGCUACCACCACCACCGCAACCACAACCAGCCACGGCCACGGCCACAGCAACACCAGCACCCGUACCCACAACAGCAGCGUCAGUCACAGUAGCAGUAACAGCAACAACCACAAUAACUACGCAAACAUUACACCGCCCUGCCUAGCCCUGCCACCCAUAUCCACCGCCCUCCCCCAACCCCCCCGCCAAACCUACCACCGCAGCGGCAUCGGCGGCUUAGGAAACUACCACAAGCCACGGCCCUUCUUCUCAUGCAGCGACCUACAGCAGCACCAGCAGCCCCUGCUGCGCGCCUCGCAACCCCCCAGCACCGCGUCCCCCACGGGCGGCGUCUUCGCGUCCGGCAUCGGCGGCGCCGGCAACCUGCACCGCGCCGAGUCGCGCGCGCGCCUCGCCUUCGCCGAAGAAGUCGCACGCGGCCGCGCCGUCGCCCGCUCCAAUCCCGCUACGUACCAUUGCGGGAUCGGGGGCGCGGGGAACAGGGUUGGGGCUGGGCUUAGGCUGCGGCGGGGCGGGCGGCGGCAGCUGCAGCUGCUGCGCGAGGAGCAGGAGCUCGAGGCGCGGCGGGCGCGCUGCUAUCCCGUGUCUUUUGGGGCGGGGGCGCGCAGCGAGGGCGACCUCUGCGGUGGUUUCAUCGCGGAGCGCGCGCCCGUGCUGGCGUACGAGGCCCUGCCGUCUUGCUGUUUCUGCGGCGGCAGCGGAGUGCGCGCUUGUAUAUGCGCGGAUGCUGGUGCUGCUGCUGCCACUGCUGCCGUGGGCCCCGAGGCGUCGUAUAGUCAUGAGCCGCUGCCGUAUGGGGCGCUGGACAUGCUGAAGCGGCGGCUGGGGCGGGCGUUUGGGCUGAAACGGUCGGCGGGGGCGUCGGCGCAGCAAGAUGGCGAGGACGGCACUGGACGGAGGGUCCUGCGGCGCCGUCGCAGUAUGUGGCACUUCUGAUGUGGGCAUUCUCUGCGCAGGCAUUCGGAGCUGUGGCGGAAAACAACGGGCCCGUUGGCUGGUUAACGCGUCGGCCUGUGGCUUGUUUGGGCGGUUUCCUGGCGUUGGUUGUGGUGUUAGAGGCAGUUGCACAUGUUUCCUUUUGGUGUAACGGCGCCGUUUGCGAUUAAAUGCGGGGAAAUGGGUGUCUCCAUCU